UUUGUUUCAGCUUUGUGGGAAUAUUGCGAACUGGAUGAAACAUUUUCCUUCACAAUUUACAAUUUGCAAAUUUCGUUGCUGAAGUUUAUUGAAGGUUAUGGUAUCGCAACUUGUUGUCUAUUCUUUGCAUGUCACUCCACUAAUUGCUAUUUGGGUUGCUUUACUGUAUGA